ACAAGUGAAAGCACGAACAUGAAAGUGGUGGUGGACAGAACGUCGCGUUUGUUCCGUCCGGAGGUACAGUUAUCAAACGACAUUAAGCUGACCUGAUUAUGGAGCAGGCUCCAGCCUCUAAGCACUAACCUACCAUCCAGGCUAUCAGACCACAUGACUGGACCUCCUCGCCUUCUUUCGGCUGCCUCUGAUGUUUUGCAGGAAGGUGGUUUCUUCUUCUUCUUCUUCAACACCCAGCCUGAGUAGUAGUAGUAGACUGAGAAGCAGUCCCGACCUCUGCACCUACCUGCGGCUCCUUAAGGACUGCUUCACCCUCGACCAAUUGAACCAGAUCCAGUCUCACAUCAUCGUCGGCGGCCUGCAACAGAAUCUAGUUGUUGCCACCAAGCUCAUCCACAGGCUUUCCGACUUCGGCCGCCUCUCCCAAGCCCAGUCCCUCUUCUCCGCUACUCCCAACCCCGACCUCUUUCUCUUCAAUGUCCUUCUUCGAGCUCACGCUCAACACGUGUCCCCUGUCUCUGCCCUUUCCCUCUACUCUUGCCUUCUCUCUCGUCGCCUUUCCCCCGACAACUUCACAUUUGCGUUUGUCGUCUCCUCCUCCACCGCGUUCCGGUCGCCCGAGCCUGGUCGGCAGCUUCAUGCCCACGCCAUACUCCAUGGGUUUGGACUAGACCGGUUCGUCUCCUCCGCCCUUACCGCCUUGUAUUUGAAUUUCCAGGAUCUGAACUCUGCAUGCCAACUGUUCGACAGGUGUCCUGAGCGUGAUACAGUCUCAUGGAACACCAUGGUUUCCGGGCUUGUCCAAAACUGCUGUUUUGAAGAAGCUCUGAGCCUAUUCGAGCAGAUGGUAUCUUCUGGGGAAGCGUUCGACGGCACUACCCUCUCCGCCCUUCUUCCAGCAGCUACAGAGUUGCAGGGAUUGGAACUUGGGAGGAAGAUACAUUGCCUUUCCAUCAAGAUAGGGUUCGACUCUCACGCUUGUGUCAUCACCGGCCUUGUUUCCAUGUAUGGAAAAUGCGGAGACGUCCAAGAUGCCUCGUUCCUUUUCAACCAGACGCAGAAGAAUCGUGACACUAUAUCUUGGAACGCAAUCAUUUCCCUGUAUUCCUUCAACGCGGACAUCGAAGCGUCCAUCUCCUUGUUUACCAAAAUGAGAGCUACUGUAGGUGCUUGUGUGAAUUUCAGCACCAUUGUGGCCGCAAUUCCAGUCUUCUCACCAUUUGGGCAUUUGAUGUUGUCGAGUUCUAUACAUGGAUAUGCGGUCAAGGCGGGCAUGGACCAGAACACGUCCAUCGCUACUGCCCUCAUGAUUGUGUAUGCCAGAUGCAACAACGUGGAAUCUGCAAGGCAGCUGUUCGACCAGACCCCUGGUAAAAGUUUGGCGUCGUGGAAUGCCAUGAUCUCCAACUACACACAGAUGGGAUGUACCGAGGAGGCCAUCAAGCUUUUCCAGGAGAUGCAAUUGCAGGAUGUGGAGCCUAAUCCGGUGACAAUGGCCAGCAUUCUCUCUGCUUGCGCGCAGUUGGGUGCCUUGAUGCUCGAAAAACGGAUCCACGAGCUGAUCGUCAGCAAGGGCUACGACUCCACAAUGUCUGUCUCCACUGCACUAAUAGACAUGUAUGCCAAAUGUGGGAAGGUUGAUAAGGCUCCUGAUGUUUUCGAUGCAUUGCGCAACAAGAACGUUGUUUCCUGGAACGCCAUGAUAGCGGGCUUUGGGAUGCAUGGGCAUGCCAAGGAAGCUUUGGAACUCUUCUCGGAUAUGUUGCGUUUGUGCACAAAGCCUACCAACAUCACGUUCGUAGGCUUGUUGUUCGCCUGCAGUCAUGCCGGGCUAGUGAGCCAAGGGUGGCAGCUAUUCCAAUCAAUGACCUGCGAUCACUCGAUACUGCCUAAGAUUGAGCACUACUCUUGCAUGGUCGACCUUCUCGGCCGGGCCGGUAGGCUUGAUGAUGCACUCAAUUUCAUCAGGGCGAUGCCCAUAAGGCCUACUUCAGGUGUUUGGGGAGCCAUGCUUGCAGCUUGCAGGGUUCAUCGGAACGUUGAACUCGCAAGCCUUGCUGCCGAGCGGUUAUUUGAGUUGGAGCCGGAGAGUGGCUACCAUGUGUUGCUCUCCAACGUGUACUCCACGAGCGGGCGUUGGCAGGAGGCCGCGGGAGUCCGUCAAUUGGUGCGGAGCAAGAAGAUGAUGAAAACGCGUGGCUAUACCCUCAUCGAGCUAGAUGAGAAGGUGCAUACGUUCAGAGCCGGUGACUGGAGCCACCCUCGUUCAAGUGAAAUAUACAAAAUGUUGGAGAAGUUGGCUGGAAAGAUGAUGGAAGUGGGUUACAGGGCUGCAACCGACUUGGCUUUGCACGAUGUGGAGGAAGAGGAGAAGGAAAGCAUGCUCAACGUUCAUAGUGAGAAGCUGGCCAUCGCUCUUGGGCUGAUUAGCACCGAACCUGGGACACCCAUUAGGAUUAUCAAGAACCUGCGGGUUUGCCUAGAUUGUCACACUGCCACAAAGUUCAUAUCAAAAGUGAUGCACCGUCUUAUUAUAGUGAGGGAUGCAAACCGGUUCCACCAUUUUACUGAUGGCUCGUGUUCAUGUGGAGAUUAUUGGUGAGACAAAGCAUCAGUCUUUACAACAUGAGAGGGGAUAGCAGUCUAUGGGGGCCCUAGGGCUAGAACAUGAUUGUAGUUUUUUAGGCCUAGCCGUGUAUUGAGGCGAAGACUUGGUAUUCUAUGCAACAUGCAUCAAUUCCUCGUGGCUUUUAAAUUGACUUCUCUGGCACCCUAUUUCAGGGGACUUUGAAAGCCUUUUAAAGACGAGGAGAAUAAGCAGAUGAGCAUAGCCAAGAAAUUUAAAACUUCUGAGGACUAAAAGGUUGAGAGGCAUCUUGUUCAACUUGGGAUAAAAAACUAUUAAGAUGUGCAGAUCACCAGGAUUAAAUUUUAGUGCAGUUCAAUGACGGCUCUUGCUUCAUGAAUGUGAAUGAGGUGAAAAAGAUGUAAUCAGUUGCAACAGCAUCUGCUAGCUGGAGGAAGAGGGAGGCGUGGGUCUUUUUCCUAUCAGAAAGGCCAAGGGGCUAGCAUGGGCCUAAUAACUAGCACGACCUCAUCCCUUGGUGGUCAAAACAAUUUAAAAGAUGUACCUAUCAAGGAGCAGCCUAAUGAACAACAUAUUCCAGGGCUUGGCUUGGGUGGGGUGAUUGUGCGUGAAAAGACCUGGUAUCCUAAAGCAUCGGGAAUGGAGACAACAUCCAUUUCUGGGAGGACUGAGGUAGAGGUAAUCUAUGGUGGAAAUCAAAGGAGAAGACUUCUCGUAUCUCCACCAUUUAUAGAAUGGAAACUAGGGGCAUCUGUCGAUAUCAUCAACAACUAAGUCUUAGCUGCUUUCAAGAUUGUUUAGUAUGUGAAUACUGGCCAAUGUUGGCUUGUUGACACAGAUUAUAUUCUUUCAUUUCAAGGAAGCCUUUAGCUGACAUCGGUAGAAAAGAGAUCUAGGGGGCAUCCGAAGGAAAAACAUCUGUGACAUAUGGUUGCGCAGAGUUUAGGAGGCUCCUGCCGCUCCUAGUGGGCGCUGAUUGGAAGAGGAUGAAAUGCAAGGUUGCAGUUCAAGACACCCGAACAUCAACAAGCAACUAUUUUCUAAUGAAAAUAUAUUAGGUUUGAAGGACCCUAACAGACCUUUCCCUACUAGCCAGUUUGGCGAUGCAUCAGGGCUGGGCUUUUGUAGCGCAGGAUGGAAAGUGUUGAUUAGUCUGUUGUGCCACUCAAAAGUAGGUUCCUCGCUUACCAAAUCCUUUUUAUGUUCAUGUUUGUGUGUAUACAUUGCAGAGCCUAGUCUGGACACGUGUGUGUGUGUGUGUUUUUCCAGUCAAUUGUUGGUUUUCUGUUUUUGGUGUAGAAACGUAUGUUAGUAUUGAGUAUGAAGCCUCCUCUAUGUUUGA